GUUACAUCGGCUUUUCCCACGCCAUCGCCCGCUCUCCCGGACGACCUGCCGCCGCAGCAUGAGCACUGACGCUACGAAGACGCCGACGCCGAUGGCCGACGGCGAGAUCAUCAAGGAAGGCCGCGCCAAGAUCAUUUUCCCCAAGGGUAACCAGGUCUUCUACAACAAGGUGCAAGUGCUCAACCGCGACCUCUCGAUCGCGGUCAUCAACCAGUUUGCGCACGAGCGCGCCCGCGAGGCGAUCCUCAAGCAGCGCAAGCGCGAGAAGAACGAGGACCUGCCGACCGACGACGAGGUCAAGGCGCAUGUGCUCGCGCACGCGGAGACGAGCGGCCUCAAGAUCUUUGAAGCGCUCUCGGCCAGUGGUCUGCGCUCGAUCCGCUACUGGCAAGAGAUUGCUGGCGUCAAGUCGAUCCUUGUCAACGACCUCGACCCGGCGGCUGUCAUCUCGAUCAAGCGCAACAUUGAGUUUAACGGCUUGACGACCGACAAGCUCAUCCCGAACGAAGACGACGCAACGUCCGUCAUGUACCGCCACCGCAAGGAAGCCGACAACUUUGACGUGAUCGACCUCGAUCCGUACGGCUCGGCGUCCAUCUUCCUCGACGGCGCCGUGCAGGCGAUUGCGAACGGCGGUCUUCUCUGCGUCACGUGCACCGACAUGCCCGUGCUCUCGGGCAAGGACCCGGACGUGUGCUUCCACCGCUACGGCAGCGUCCCGUACAAGUCCAACUACCUCCACGAGAACGCGCUCCGCAUGGUCUUGCACUCGAUCGAGUCGGCGGCCAUCCGGUACCAAAAGCACAUUGUGCCGAUCGUCUCGUGCAGCAUCGACUUUUACGUCCGCGUCUUUGUCCGCGUCUACAAGUCGCCCGUGAACGUCAAGGCGUCCAUGACCAAGCUGUCGUACGUCUACCAAUGCACGGGCUGCGACAGCUUCCACAUGCAGCCGCUCGGCAAGUUCAACGGCAAGACGUACCACGCAUCGUUCGUCGAGCCCGAGCGCGCGCUCUGUGACCAGUGCGGCAAGAAAUUCAAGAUGUCGGGUCCCAUCUGGUCCAACCCGCUCCACGACCGCGACUUGGUGCUCAAGAUCCGCGAGAACGUCAUCAAGGAGGGUGUCGCCAAGUACCCGACCAAGGACCGUCUGCACGGGCUACUCACGUCCGUCUCGGAAGAGGUGGUCGACGCGCCGUUGUUUUACACGCUCCAUGGGAUUUGCAAGACGCUCCACUGCGGCCAGCCGCGCAUGGACCAAAUGCAAUCGGCCAUUCUCAACGCCGGCUACAAGGUGUCGCAGUCGCACAAGGUGCCGGAAGCCAUCAAGACGGACGCGCCCAACGAUGUCAUCUGGGACAUUAUGCGCUGCUGGGUCAAGAAGCACCCGAUCUCGAAAAAGCACGAGUCGGAGAAGGACGCGGGCACGCAGAUCCUCGCCAAGGAGCCCAAGCACGAAGCGGUCUUUACGGGGAAGCGUCCGUCGGCGGGCAAGGAGAAGGCGCUUCGUUUUCCCAAGAACCCGGAAGCGUACUGGGGCCCGAAGAGCCGUGCGCGUGGCCUUGCCGGCGCCGAGUUGGCGCGCGUUGUCGAAGGCGAGCCCGAAGGCAAGAAGCCCAAGUUGGACGACCAAUAAAUAGACCGCACUGCACAAUUCAAUCGAUCGUUGAUGGUAUGGA